AUGUCAACUAGGCGCAGAUCAUCACGAGCUACUAAUGCAACAAAUAUUAUAGAACAGCAGAAAAUUGAUAAGGCACUCAGGCGUAUAGCAGGGUCACAUGGAGCGGAGCCUCGGCUCGAGCACGGCGUUCUGUCCGAGCAGAAAUGUGCACCAGUGUGGAACCUCUUUUCGCGCUACGCCGCGCGGAGCCCUCGCAUCCAACCGCGUUCAGAUGAGGCUGGACCACCCAUGGCUGCUGGCGGCUGGCCGCAGCGUCGACGGACUCCGAUUCCCAGACCUGCCGUGGGAGAGGGCGGCGAGAAUGUUGGUGAUGCGGCAGGUGUCGUGGAUGCUUUGGCGCCUGCAGCAGCCGCAGUAGCCGCAGAGGCAGCAGAGGCCGCCAAGAGCUGGGAUGAUGACGGCCAUCACGUCAUAGACCUGCUGCAGCCGCUACUAACUCGUGGAGUCACGGCCCCCCGCCACCUCCAAGAGGCGCUCAUGCACAUGGUUCUCAAUGUGGAGGCCCACAGCUCCUCCUCCCUACCACACAGGGCGUACAGCUUGCUCAUGGCGAUGUUGGAGUGGCAUCCGCCCGCCAAGCUGGAGGGGGAUGUGUUGAUGAUCAAUGAGGACCUUUGGGCACCCGUCGGCUGCGCCUGGCAGGCUGAGCCGCACCGCGACAAGCCCCGUCUGCAGUCCCUGCGCGAGGCGACUGGGUUGUCGGCGCUCGUGGCCUCAGCACACAACUGGGUGGUGCGGGAGGCGGAGGGGGGGGGAGGAGGAAGGAUGCUGCCAGCAACAGGUGCCCCCGAGGGGGGUGAUGCGGGUGAAGUUAUGUUGCUCAAGUACUGGAUCACAAUGAUGCAGUUGGAUCUGGAUGUCCGUAUGGGCCUUAUGCGGCUGAGCGGGUUCCGCCAGCGGCGAACCAGCCCCUUGGAGAGCAGUUUGGUGUACCGCCUGAUGCUGACCUACACAAACUGGGCUGACGGCAGCUCCUCGAAGCCCCUCCUAAUUAGGCAACUAGCCGCCAUACGGAUUUGGAGCCACAGAGCGGCCGUAGCAGUGGCGGGAGGGGGAGGGGGCAGUGGCGGGGGCUCGCAGCUAGUGAGCCUGGCGGAGGUGGGAGAACUGGCGGCGGCGCUGCUCGGGAUGAUGUACGACGUUUACGGCGCUUUGGACCGCAUGCGGUUCUAUGUACGGCAGGGGACGCAGGGCCGCGAUAACGACCUUGUACGGAUGGAUAAGGUGGUAUCUGCGGCGAUUCUCAAAGACCUGCCGUACAAGGACCCAGAGAACCUGCGGGUGCUACUGGGCUCGCUGCCCCCCGCGGCGUGCAUGAGGCUGCUGGUGUACUUGUUGGCGGAUGCGGCGUACAAGCGGCUGGAGGUGGGUGGUGAUCAGCUGGCUAUUGGGCUCCGGCGCGUGGCGCUGCACUACGCGGACAACGGAGUGGUGGGGGCGCCGCCGCAGGUUCGGGCCUCUGACGCGCUCCUCUACCUGUCAUCUCCGGGCAACUGGCACUGGGGAGCGGGCGCCAUGUCCUUCGGUCUGCCCGGCAGGGGGGGACUGACGCUGCUGGUGGCGCACCUCACAAUCUCCGCGCUGCAGACGGCGGAACAGCAGGUACGGCAGGCACGUGAGGCGUCGGCGGCAGCAAUGGCAGGUGUACGGCAGCGCCGCGGCGAUAGCGGUGGCGGUGGCGGGGACGAUAUGGAAGUGGACGGUGUAGGCGGCGGCGGAGAGGCGGCGGCCGAGGAGGCGGCGGCCGAGGAGGUGGCGGCCGAGGCACUGGGGGAGGAGGAGGUGGUGCAGAUGUGGGCGGGGGAGGCGCGGGAGGUGGCGAGGCUGUUCCGGCAGCUGGCGGAGAGGCUGCGGAGCGGGGGGGGCGGGGCGGGGGCGGGCGGGUCCCGGGGCGGAGGAGACGGGGCAGUGGCUGCGGCAGACUGUACGGCAACACCUAUCCGGUGCGCUGAGUUGCUGGUGGCCCGUGUGGAGGCGCAUGUGGAGGCCGAUGACAUGAUGGGUCAGGGUGCUGGUGGCCACAGUGCUUUCGAAAGUGGCUACUGA